GCUACACGCGCCCAGAGACGGGAGAGCAGCGCCCGCGAGAGCGCACGCCCUGUGUUUAUGUUUAUAUCGGCGACAGAAAGCAAUAGCAGAAACAACAACGGGAAAGGGGACGUACCGAUUCGGCCUGUGUGGUCGUGGUGGAGCGGGGGUUUCCGUUCAGAGGACACCGUUUUUUUUCUAAGCUGCAGGAGGUAAAAGCCCUCGCAUUCCUCCGCGCAGUGAGAGGGGGGAUACCAGCGGACCGACUGAACGGGAAGGCAGAGCUGGAAAGCGGCCUCCUUACCACCGGGGGGAUCGGUGAACUCGCCUACACAGGUUCGCUAUACGUUGUAUCGGUUGUUUUUGGUUACCCCGACGCUCCCGGUGUUUGUUUUUGACGCCCUACGGACCCGAGGCACACGAUGGGAUCGGUGCUUUGAUGAAUAAUUUAUGGUAUCUCAGCCCGAGGCUAGCGCUGCUACCACCGACCCUCCGCUGGCUGCGCCUGACGCCGCCUGAACGGGCCCCGAUGGUGGACUAGACGGAACAACGACGACGACGACAUACGGAGGAGAGAAAACACAAAUCAGGCAGUUUUUCGAUACUUGGUGGGCUCCCGUUUCAAAACGCAGAGCCCCGUAGUCAUGUUGAGUCUGUGGGGGAGGAGAGACGGAGCUCCCAGUACUUCGAGGCCGAUCCAGUGUCACUCCAGUUUCAGGUUUAUUUUAUGAGCCUCAGCAAAACACCAACAGACGCUUUUCUGCACAGGGACGCGAACAGACCAUUCUCAUCAAGUUGGUCUUAUUUGGGGGAAUGGCGAGGAUGCUUCUCCCUAAAAAGCCUUACCCAGCCGAAUUGAUUUUUGAUGAUGAAUUGCUGAUCUUCGCAUACUAAGUAUACAUUUUUAUGUCUGAAUUAAUGUUCUAAAAAAGUGUCUACCUCCUUAUUUUGCAUCGGUCAGUGUUCAGAAAACAAAAAAACAAAAAACAAAAACAAAUCUUGAAGCCGAUGAGCGCCGUUUUCACUGUUGAACUGACUUUAAUGCCUCACGUAUCUACCUCAAACGCCAGAUUGUUUCCUACAGAACACAGCAAACCGAUGUGUCCCCAAAUGAAUACCUCAGCCCCAUCGCAGCGCAUGUUGUAAACUGAGCCUGUGUUUCGGUAGCGCCGCAGAUGGCUUCGUUUCCAGACUCAGACCUGCAGACGUGCCCGCUCUGCAAGGAGCUGUGCGGCUCCUCCGCUCCUAUUUCCUCCAACUCUUCUACAUCUUCCUCCUCCUCCCAUACCUCCUCCUCCUCCAGCCAGACCUCCAGGAGGCUGCACGUCCUCCCCUGCCUCCAUGCCUUCUGCAGGCAGUGCCUAGAGGGCCAGCGCAGCCCAGGUGACCCGCUGAAGCUACGGUGUCCCACCUGUGACCAGAAGGUGUCCAUCACUGAGGCUGGGGUGGACUCCCUGCCCUCCUCCAACUUCCUCUUCAGCAACCUGCUAGAUGUGGUGGUGAGCUCCGAGGAGCAGAUCCAGAACAAGAACGGCCACCACCACCGGGGAGGCAUGGGUGUAGGGGGUGGAGGCUCCUCUGGCUUCCACCACCCGCAUGGAGGCCUGCUGCGCCCUCACCAUCUCGGAGAGCCCCAGUGCAGCUCCUGUGAUGAGGAGAACCCGGCCAGCUCCCACUGCCUUGACUGCCAGGAGUACCUGUGUGACAACUGUGUGCGGGCCCACCAGCGGGUGCGGCUGACCAAGGACCACUUCAUCGAGCGGCUGGGGGGCCGGGCCAACGCCAACAGCAACCCAGGCCAGGCGGGGGUGUCGGUGUCUCUGGCCCAGUCACUGCAGAACAACUUUGCCCUGCUCUCCCUCUUCCAGGAUCGCAUGAGCUUCUGCCAGCACCAUGACAGUGAGGUGUUCCUGUUCUUCUGUGAGACCUGCUCGGUGCCUAUCUGCAGGGAGUGCAGCGUGGGGCGUCACAUGGGCCACAGCUUUGUCUACCUCCAAGAUGCCGUCCAGGACUCCAGAGCCAUCACCAUCCAGCUGUUGGCUGAUGCACAGCAGGGACGACAGGCCGUGCAGCUGAGCAUGGAGAAGGCCCAGGCCAUGGCGGAGCAGGUGGAAAUCAAGGCCAAGGUGGUACAGACCGAAGUGAAGGCUAUCGUCCUCAGGCACAAGAAAGCGCUGGAAGAGAGGGAGUGUGAACUACUGUGGAAGGUGGAGAAGAUCCGUCAGGUGAAGGCCAAGUCCCUGUACCUGCAGGUGGAGAAGCUGCACCAGAGUCUGACCAAGCUGGACAGCACCAUCGCUGCCGUCAGCCAGGUGCUGGAUGAGGGACAUCACCUAGAUGUGCUGCUGGCCCGUGAGCGAAUGCUCACUCAGAUCCACGAACUGAAAGCACUCAGGGGCCUGCUGCAGCCCCAGGAGGAUGACCGCUUCAUGUUCACCCCUCCAGAUCAGGCUCUGUACAUAGCCAUCCAGUCCAUGGGCCUCAUCAGCAGUGGAGCCUUUGCCCCCGUCACCAAAGCCCAUGGCGAAGGUCUGAAAAGUGCGCUUCGUGGCAAGCCCGCCUCCUUCACUGUGAUUGGAUAUGAUCACGAUGGAGAGCCACGCCUCUCUGGUGGGGACACAGUGUCUGCCAUUGUAAUGUCAGUUGCUGAUGGUAACCUGACUGCAGCAGAGGUAACGGACCACCAGAACGGCUCAUACACCAUCAGCUACCUGCCAAAGUGUGAGGGGGAGCACCUUGUUUCAGUGCUGGUGUGCAACCAGCACAUCCAGGGCAGCCCAUUUAAGGUGAUGGUGAAGUCAGGCCGAAGCUAUGGGGCCCUGGGCUCCCAGGUGUCGGCCUUUGGGUGUGAAGGAGAGGGAGAUGGCCAGCUGUGUCGGCCCUGGGGCAUCAGCGUGGACAAGGAGGGAUACGUGGUGGUGGCUGACCGUAGCAACAACCGCAUACAGAUCUUCAAGCCUUGCGGUGCCUUCCACCAUAAGUUUGGCUCUCUUGGCUCUCGACCUGGCCAGUUCGAUCGUCCAGCCGGGGUGGCCUGUGACAGUCAGAGACGAAUCAUUGUGGCAGACAAAGACAAUCACCGUGUGCAGGUGUUUACUUUUGAGGGCCAGUUCCUGCUGAAGUUUGGGGAGAAGGGUACCAAGAAUGGACAGUUCAACUAUCCCUGGGAUGUGGCUGUCAACUCUGAGGGUAAGAUCCUGGUUUCAGACACCAGGAACCACCGUGUGCAGCUCUUUGCCCCUGACGGCUCCUUCCUUAACAAGUACGGCUUCGAAGGGGCUUUGUGGAAACACUUUGACUCUCCCAGGGGAGUGGCCUUCAACCACGAAGAUCACCUGGUGGUGACUGACUUCAACAACCACCGCCUCCUGGUCAUCCGACCGGACUGCCAGUCUGCCCGCUUCCUGGGCUCCGAGGGUACUGGGAAUGGGCAGUUCCUGCGGCCCCAGGGUGUUGCUGUGGACCAGGAGAACCGCAUCAUUGUGGCUGACUCCCGCAACCACCGAGUCCAAGUGUUUGAGCCCAAUGGAAACUUCUUAUGCAAAUUUGGCACGCAGGGGAGUGGCUUUGGACAGAUGGAUCGUCCCUCCGGUGUGGCUGUGACGCCUGACGGAGUCAUUGUGGUUGUCGACUUCGGAAAUAAUCGCAUCCUCAAAUUCUAAAGAGUUAUGUAUCUCUAUUUUCUCAUUCUCUUGCUCCAUGCACCCUUCUGCAUCUUUGUUGGUGAAGGAAAUGGAGGAGAGAGAAUGAAUCAACAAACAUAACGGGAGGAGAGUUGAAAGGGAGGAUUGAGAGCAGGUAGAAAUGAAGGGAAAAUAAAACUAUUGAUCAUUAUUUUUUGUUAUAUUAAUAUUCUCUAAAUCAGAUAUCUGUGGUAUGUAUGACAAAGGGGACCUCUACAAAUUGAUAAUCAAUAGAAAAAGAGCCAUUUUUCCCUUCCUGACUCUCAGCUGCUCUUAACUCUCUCUUUAAGUUCUCCUCAAGUAUCCAUCUCAGGGAAUUUCUCACUUUUCUUGAAAUCUUUUAUCCUCUGCUCCAUACCUACCUCAUUUAGCUCUUUAUGAAUGUACUCAUAGUCACUGAGCAGAGGUUUAGUCCGUGAAGUUUUACAAAGAAGAAAAGAAAACGUCUACCUCAAUACUUUAUUUAAGAGAGACAAAAAAGAAUAGACUCUUCAGUUGAUAUUUGCACAGGAUUAAUGGAAUUCUUGCUGUGCAGUUGAAAUAUGAGUAAAAUGAACCUCCUGAAUGUUGUUGCUGAGACAAUACUCAGACCGCUGUAGAGGCUGCAUGAUUCAUUCUGAUAGGUUUUGCUUGGAGAGGAAGCUAGGGUACAGUGGUGUCCUUUGAUAUUUUAGGCUAGUUAGUUGAUCUCCUUUUGCUUAUGCAUCGACCCUUGUCUCUUUGUGGCUCUGUGGAUUAUGUAGUGUCACGAUAGCCCAAGAAGAGUGCUUGAAACGAUGCCAAAAUUGAUAGAAUCAAUAUUAGCUCAGGUCAUGAUAUGAGACUGAUCAAAAUGAUCAGUAGUUUCUAGGCUCUCUGGCUUUACAGGCUAAUUGAUCAUAGUGGAUGCCCAGAUGAAUUCGUUUUAUGAUCGAAAAGUAUAGCGUUAGGGAAAUUAUCCCCAAGAUAAUCCUUGAACUAAUUCCCGAAAUAAGCCCUGUAGUUAACGUUCCCUUUGUAUCCAAAGUAUUCAGUUAUCCAUGUCCCCAACCCCGAUAACUGCCCCGUAAGGCAUGAAUAACAACUAAUGUUUGUGACUUUUCUAAAGUAAAACAACCUAAGUCAUUACUAUCCAGUCUGUUGCAUGAACAACUAACAUGGAAAGAUCAUUAUGCAAGGUGAGCUUUGCCUCCUCCAAAAGGGAGGCCCCACCUAAGGAUUUUAGAGAUAAAUUUUUCAACAUGUGGAUCCAUUCGUGAUCCUAGAAAUUUAAUCAUAUUUGAAUAACACAUUUGUUGAUGAGGCAAGCUGUGCAACAAAAGCCUCAGAAGUAGAUAUGAAAUUUGGCCGUCCAGAGGACUUGAUUAACAUCAUGUAAAGCUUGAUCUAAACAAUCCUUUGGAUUAAGAGUGUGGUUGAAAGCCACUCCAUUUGGCUCUUGGGGCCUAAAAUAUAAUCCAAUCCAUUGAGAGGGCAUGAUCACAAAGCCCUGCCCUAUUUAUUGAUGCUUGGAGUUCAGGAGAGAUCUCCAGAUUGAGUGCUAGUAGACCAGUCCUCUAAAGAUGGAGGUCUAUAGACCAACUAGUGGAGUCAACCAAAGGUAGAAUUUCUGCAUAAUGCCCAAGUGUAGAUUUGGCAUUUAAAGAAAUUACAAAUCCCCUUUAAAGACAUUUUGUUAAAUAAUCAUUGUUGGGAAGUCUAAUGCCCCCAAAACUCACGGAGUUGAGUUCACAGCACUGUCAAUCUUAGGCUUAAAACUACAAGAAUAAAGAUAAAGCCUGCAGGGGUCACAGUGUAUGUUCACGAGUUCUUUUCACAUCUCGCCAAGACAAGGUUGCUAGCCAUGUAAGGCUGGUUCUGAAGGAAGACCACUGUGUCCUGCGUCUGCAGAGAUGUCUGAAGAGAAAAGCAGACCCAAUCUCACAGCACCAAAGAGAACCCCUUUCUCCCCCUGGCCUUUUUUCACCUCAGCCCACCAAAUAAUGCCCGUUAUGCAGUUAAGUCCCAUAUGCUCAUCAGUAGCAAAUGGCCCAUGGGCUCAAAAAAGCAUCUCAAAUUAGUCUUUGUAUCCCAACCUAAUUACCAUUGAAGUUAAUAGAUACUUAGUCUAGACUAACACCUUUGUGGUGCAUGUAUUGUGGGGUUUUGAAUCCCCUUACCCUUUCUCAGUAUGAGUCCCACUGGAAGCACUAGACAAUUAUGGUUCUGUUAGCCACUUCCUUAGCUUAGUAAAGAAUAAUGGGACCUAUUUUAAGAUUCUCUGACUGACACUCACCUCAGAGGAGAGGACCAGUCUGCACAUGAACAGGAUUUACAUCCUCACCAUGGAGAUAUCCUUUACUUCAGUGGUGAUUUUCUUUUUUUUUUUUUUUUUUUUUUCUCGUAUACCUCAGCUCUUGAAUACCUCAGUUAUGUCACAUAUACCUACUGUGUUUGAACUUUCAAAUACCUCAACUUGUAACUCUCAUAUACCUCAUUCUGCAUACCUCAAUUUUUACUCUUCUCUUAUUUAAACAUACCUCAUCAGAUAUUUAUAAAUUACGAAUAUACCUCAUUCUCUGAAUCUUCCUCUGUUACAAUAUUUGUCUCAUACCUCUUGGGCCAAAGAUCUCAGCCGUAGUGGUUCUGUGUUCUGAUGGAAUAAAAGACCCAGUAUGGUCAUUACCCCAUCUUGCAUCCCUGAACAGUUUUCUUGUUCAGUCCACUUUAAAUUGCCUGGUAAACUAUGCCUUUUAUCAUCAAGAAACCAAAUAUUGCAGUCAUGAACAUUGUGCCAAAAAUAUAUAUAUAUACCUGAGAUUUACGUGCCAAACAGGGUUGGCACUUGGACCACACCGUUAUAGACGACAAAUGUCAUUGGACCAUUACAUCAUAGAUGUAAGUGUUAAACAAAUCAGAGUACCUCGGGAUAAUUCCUUUCUCUCUGAUUGGAUGCACUUAAGAGGGCUGGGCCCCAUUUAGCUUUACCUGAUGAUAAUGAACAUGUAUAUUCCACUUGUACUUUGUUACUGUGCGCAUUGUGGGGGUGGGUGGGGGGGGUGGUCUCUUUUAAAGAGUUAAGAACUUCACCAGUCCACCUUUAAAUGCACAAGAAUUACCUCUAAUUUCAGCACAAUUUACCAUUGUUCCACAGCGAGAAGUGUGGAUUUUGAGAUGCUUGGUGUUGGUCAUGGAGGGCUGUAAAUUAUCUUGAAACGAGUCUAAACUCAAUCUUAUUGACAAUGCAAGCUGUGGUUUAAACAAACGCAUCUAUUGAUUGCAGCUAACGCGUGACUAUAAGCCUGUUCAUGAUUUGUUAUAAAGUGGAGAUAUUAGCACAUUAAAGGCAAGCCAGUUGGAGUCCACAGACGCUGCUGCUUUGAACCCAACACUUUGUUCCACCAGUAAGAUCGUUUUUUUGUGUGUCUCAGUAUUACACUAUGAAAUGUUCAGUCAUGUAUGCAUCAGUCUUUUUUUUUUAAAUUAAGGUUGCAGAAUUCUAUCUUUUAAGAUCCUUAGGUCUUCACUCUUAAAGAGGAAAACAUUUAUUUUAAAACCUUUUUGUUUUUCAUUUGUUGCAUGCUUUAAAAGUCCUUGUAUUAUACCGAGGUCUCUCAGAUAGAUGUUGAAAACUCAGAUGGGGUGGGUAGCUGAAUCUUGGGAUUGUUUUUUCAAAAUAUUUACCCAAAGAUGUGUAUGUGUGUUAGGAAUGCGUUGGAUAGAAUUAACCUUUGACCUUUGCGAUUGUAUUUCCUGUUCUCUCGAGGCUCUGCAGAGCACAACCUGUUCGGCCAGCCAUGCCUCGAUUCCUGAGAUGGGAUGCAGGCAGACUGUUGAAAGCAUCAAGUACAGACUGAACAGAUACUGGUGUGCCCCUCAGCCAUUAGUGCUUACCCCUCUUUUACGCCCUCUGAUAUGCAUAUUAUGGAUAGGCACAUUAACAUGUAUUGUCCCGUCACACUCAACUCCUCUGUAGGUGUAGGAAGCUAUAAAGGCGCUGCUUCCUCCUCUGAAUCACUUGGCAUACAUUUCCUUUCAAAGGAGGAUGAAUCCAUAAGGAGGCCAUUUUGUGUUCAACCUAGUUAUAGAAACUCUCGCUGUCUUGUGAGGAAAAGCCAGGUUGUUCCAGCACAAACUUAGCAAGUCAACCUGGCUCCCCCCACAACCCCGUUCAUGUCUCGUAAGAAUACAGGAAGUGUAGUGAUGGCUGCUGAGCACAUGAUUGGUUGACUGCACUCCUGUUGGGCGGGUUUUAUUAGGCCCCUGUGGUUUUGUCCACCGUUUUAUUUCUGGCCUCUCAUGGCUUUAAGAGGAAAAAAAGCAAAACUGCACCAGGUGACGUGUGCAAGGUCAUAGACCUCUUUUAAUGAUUGUAUACUCUAAAGAAAAAAAGUUGGAAAAUUUAGAAAGGAAAAAAAUAAACUCAGGUAGUUCUCAGUGGCCCUGCCCUGCAGGUGUCUCAGUGAAACGUGUCCCGUAGUGAUGUAGUGAUUUUUUUUUUUUUUUUUUGUUAUGACCUCUCAGUGCUAGUCUGAUUCUUUUGUGUUGCAUAUUGUUAUAAACACAUUAUUUCUCAAUCUGAAAAAAAAAAAUAAUGCUUUUGAUUAGUUUCCCCAGAUUUUUUUUUUUUUUUUUUUUUUUGGCCAACUGUUUGUUUCUCUAAACACAAAAGUACAAAUACUCCACACCACUUGAUGCUCAUUCGCCCUUUUAGAAUGUAUUUUUUCCUUUUAGAGAAAAGGGUUGAUUGGGAUCUUGUUGAUGCUCACUUACUAUAUAACCAGCUGCUCGUAGCAAUACAAGACAUAACAGAAGCCACAGAAGAAGAGAAAAAAUCUCUACAGAAAAAAUGUUUGGCUCACUCUUUGUUGGUGCAAAAUGUUCCUCAGCAGUACUUUAUCAGAUGGUUUUGGAACAUGCAGCACGAGCAGAGGUUAGGACAAGAUGGGAAUAAUGUUUGGCUCGGAGGGGAAAUGGCCUACUCACCUCGUCCAGAGUCUCGUUCUGUUCUGUCUUCUGUUCUUACAGCAGCAGGUUGUGUGUCGAGUGUGCGAUGUGUUUGUGCGCUGCAUCUGUGUCGUGGUCGAGCAGAAAUCCACUGAAUGUAUCCUCCUCACAGUCCAAGAGGCGGGGCGAGCCGGCGUGGCCAGCUGAGUUUAGAUGGAUGCUGCUGGCGCUUCCACGUCCAUGCCGUGUGUGUGUGUGUUUCUAGUUUCGAGUUUGCCACCACGACUCCCCUCCCUCUUAACCCCACACACUCAAACACACACACACUGUGCAGAGUGGAAGCGCUGGUGUCAGGUCUUCAGUCUAAAUAAAGCACAGGAGACUAUAAUAUUUUCGGCCACCUGCUGCUCUCCCCGUCUUCUAUGGACUUUAAACAUUUUCUAUGCAGUUUUUUGUUUUUGUUUACACUUAAAUAAACUUGUAUUUCUUUGA